GUCGGAGCUGAGAUCCUUCGUAGCCAUGGCGGCCCCACUUGCGCGGAGAACAAUUUUUUCAUCUUCUCUUUUCCGGCGAUCAAGGCUCCAUGAUUCGUCUCUAACGGCGGUCACCGUCGGCCGCGGCGUCUCUGAAUCCAGGCGGCAAUCGUCGUCGAGUAACAAAUCCGAGAAGCCGGAGAAGAAGAAGCCACUGGACCGUUUGUCGACGGUUAUAGACGCCGUUAACGAGCGCAAACUCCCUCCUGACCUUCGCGGUCAGCGCAACACAGUCAGGUCGGAGACUGAUAUAAUCAACGUGGUGGAGCAAAGAAUAUGGCAUUCAAUGGAAGAAGGGCAAUUUGAGAAUCUACCAGGGAAAGGGAAACCUCUAGACCUGAGUAGCAACCCUCACGCAGACCCAGCAGAUGAUACAUUGUACAGAAUCCUCUCCAAGAAUGGUUGUGCGCCGCGGUGGGUGGAGCUGAACAAAGAGAUCAGGAGUCAGGCGGCGGAAUGGAGGAGAGCUCUGAAGAAGGCUUGGGAGAAGAGAAAUGGUGAUGGGGGUCAGGAGAAAUGGAGGGAGACUUCUGAGGCCUUGAAGGUGCAGAUGAAGCAGAUUAAUAACAAGGUGUUGGAGUAUAAUCUGAUAGUUCCUUUCGGGCGCCAAAUGUUUGGAAUCAAGUGGGAGAAGGAGAUGGGACGAGUGGAAAUGAAAGAGUGAUAUUGCUUUUCUAGACUAGAGAAGAUAGUAGA